AAAAACAACCUCCUGCUAAGAAGAAACAAAUUCUAAUUAUAAUAAACACAGCAAUUCAUGAUUUUUUUUCAGUCUAUAAAUAGCAAAUUUAGUCAUCUCCAUAGCCAAGAUCAUAAAAAAUCCCCUAUUAAUCUAGCUAUAGCUGUAUAAUUAAUUGAUUAGUAGAUAAGUUAAUUACUAUAAACAAUACUUAAUUAUAAUAAUGGGUGUGUUUUGUUACAGUGAUGAGUACACAUCUCCAAUCCCACCAGCAAGGCUCUUCAAGGCUUUAAUACUCGACUCCAACAACCUUAUCCCAAAGCUCAUGCCGCAGGUUGUUCAAAGCAUUCAAUAUGUUGAAGGUGAUGGAGGAGUUGGCAGCAUCAGGCAGAUCAACUUCCAACAAGGUCACCAAGUGAAGUAUGUGAAGAACAAAAUAGAAACACUAGAUGUGGAGAAUUAUACAUACAAAUACAGCAUGGUUGAAGGUGAUGGUUUGUUGGAGAGGCUGGAGAGUGCUGUGUAUGAAGUGGAGUUGGUGGCCGGGGCAGACGGGGGCAGCAUUAAUAAAAUGAAGAGUACUUACCACACAAAGGGUGAUAUUGUGCUUAGUGAAGAGGAGGUCAAGGCUGGGAAAGAAAAGGCUAUUGGAAUGUACAAAGUUGUUGAAGCUUAUCUCCUUCAAAACCCUAAUGCUUAUGCUUAAUUUAAUCACUUUUUCUUAAUUUUCCUUGUUGUCUUGUUAUUGUGGUUUGUUUUAAAUAAGGAUUUAUAUGCCAUUUAUGUUUUUGGGGGUUGGUUGUAAUUUUUUUUCA